AUGGCAUACAGUGGUGCAGGGUUUCUCAUUCUAAGGGCACAAAUAGCAUGGUGGCCACCGGCCGCAGAACUGCAUCGGCACCCACUCGACCCCAAAAGAACAUUUUUCUCGGCUAUCACUGAUGGUGGAGUGUCUAUUGGAGCGGGGAAACAGUUUGUAUCCCUAUCUCGGUUGGGAAAGAGCGUCGUACUUGGUGGCCGCCCCCUCAUGAACUGCUCCUCCUCUCCGCCGUGCCUUCAGGUGUAUGAUCCAUUCAGUGGUAUGGAGAUAACAGUUGCUUUCAAAGUUGAGGGAGGGCUUACUGAAGGAAGUAAACAAUGCGUAUUGGAUGUUUCGACUCUCCGCGAAUUUGUGAAUGAUGACAGAGUGAGGGUCACAGCAGCCCCACUGACAGCAGGUGUGCCGUUUCACCAGCUUCAAGAAUUCCUGCAGUUAGACGAGGGUGAAGAAGAGAAUGAUGCCACGUGCGGAGAGCACCACGGCGGUCACAGAAAUCAUGACAAUGGCUUUGCAAAUCGUCCCGGUAAUUAUCAUAGCUUAUUUGGCGAUCGGUAUCUUGGGGUGGCGCUGCGGCACAUCACGCACCGGCUUAAGUGCUCUCCGCGACCCGCUGUGUGUUCGGUUCUCUUCAGCGGGGAACACGGUGUGGGUAAAACAUAUGCGGUGCGCCGGCUGCUAGAACUUGUGCCCCCAGUUGUUGACAUUUGUGGUUGUCCCCAUUUGGUGGAACGUCGGGAAAUGAGCAUUGCGGCGCUGCUCCUGUUGAGCGAACAGGAAGCCGUAGCCACAGUCCAGGCAGUCUUCACUCCCCCAUUGGUCGAGGCGCAUCAUGACAGUGGAAACCGCGUUAACGGUGCUGAACCGUGUGGUGUGCUCCUGCUCGUAACUCUUGAUCGGAUUGACCUGUUGGUUUCCGCCGCCAACUCACUGGUGGCGCUCGUAACACACCAGUUGUGCAUGGUAUUGGAUGAACUGCAACACGGAGUGGGUGAGGGGGGAGGACGUAUAGUGGUGACACUGGCAACGGCUGAAAGUACGAAAUCAAUUCCAACCGCACUGCUCGCUCGUCUGGGACAACGCCUAGUGAAUUUGGCGCACCCCACAUUGUCAGAGCGGCUGCGUUUUAUUAGGACUACUUGCAAUGACGCUGAUAACUUGCGAUCUUACUCACCCUGUGUUCUGGAACGAGCUGCAGAAGCGUUGAGUGGUCGGACUGCCGCCGAGCUGCAGGCAAUGAAAGUGGACGAGGUCCUCCAGCUGCUGGAACGUGAAGCAGCCCUCCACCGCAAGCACGAGCCCUUCGCCAAGAACAGUGUUACCGACGUACCCGAUGAGUAUCGCGGGCUGGUUGGUUUGUCCGAUAUCAUCCGCGAGGUGGAGGAGUUGGUGGUGUGGCCGCUGCAGCAGCGAAAGCUGCUCAGCCGCUGCGGUGUCCAACCCCAAAAGGGGCUUGUAGUGUAUGGUCCUCCGGGUUCUGGGAAGACGGCAUUGCUGACGCGGCUGGCACGGCGACUGAAGAGUGCGCGGGUGCACGUGCUCCUAGUGGACGGACUUUCACUGAUCGAGAAGGAGGUCGGGCGGACGGAGAAGAACAUUGCCUCGUUGUUUGCAGCUGCUCGGGCGACCUCACCCACGGCGCUCUUUCUUGAUAAUAUCGAUAGCCUCGCCCCACCACGUGGACGAGAGACAGGGGAGGUGUCUACCACAGCGGACCGCAGCCUCAGUACUCUGCUGACGGAAAUGGACGGUAUCGGAGGGGGCCACACUGGAAGUGACGUUCCUCUCGUCUUUGUCGUUGCCGCCGCAUCAAACCCAGAGGCACUGGAUGCAGCCAUAAGUCGGCCCGGGCGGCUGGACCUUCACAUUACCUUGCCUCUUCCAACCAUAGAAGCCCUCCAACAGCACAUUGUGAGACGUCUGGUUGAAGCUGUGGAGGCGUGCGACGAAGCUGAGGCGAUUACUGCUGACUUCAUUGCUAAUGUUGAUGCAUAUGUGAUGCGGUGGUUGGGCCGGUCUCCGAGCGCGACAGUGGCGGACGCCAACGACUUUGUGCGGCAUAUUUUGCUGCGUGUCGUAGUGGAGCCUGAAGGUGUGCCAGGGGCGAAAGAUCGCCUUCUAGAAUGUUUUACAAAGGUCCUUCCACUGUAG